AUGGGCCGGUGGUUCGAACGCCAGCAAGCUCUCGCAAUUGGCAUCGCUGCUAGCGGCGUCAGUGUCGGGGGUAUCGUCUUCCCGCUAAUGAUCCAGCGCUUGAUCCCGAUCAUUGGCUUUGGCUGGACCAUGCGCUGCGCGGUCCUCGUCCUAUUGGUUCUCACCACCAUCAGCAACUUGACAUUGCGAUCGCCUCCUGAGGCCCUGAAGGCGCGCCGGCGCAUGCGCAUGGCCAUGCAUCAGGACGAGAGCCGCCAGGCCGGGCUCUGGGACCGGCGACUUUUGCUGACCAUCGUCGGAACCACGCUCUUCGCCAAUGGCUAUUUCGUCGUGCUCACAUUCCUAACCACCGUGGCGCGUCUACGCGGGUGGAAAAACGACGUCGACUCGCUAGUGGUGCUUAAUGGAGCUAGUUUCUUCGGUCGCAUCAUCCCCGGAAUGAUAGCCGAUCGCGUUGGCAGCUUCAAUACCAUGUGCGUGUUGGGUGUGCUAUCCACGGUGCUUGUGCUCGGGCUCUGGCUACCCGACAGCGGGUUCGGCGGAGCGGUCGUCUUUUCCGUCACGUUCGGCUUCACCUCCGCGAGCACGGUGUCCCUGGGACCAGCCAUGUUGUUCCAGAUGUCGGAUUUACAAACUAUCACGCGCAACCUGGCGGUACUGUACCUGGUGCAGUCGUUCGCGGGACUCACGUCGAGUCCCAUCGGCGGAGCGCUGCUCGACAUCGGGCACAAGGGCGCGCUGUAUCUUCAAUUGUUCUGCGGGCUGAUGACGGGAGUUGGGACCCUGAUGACAUUAUUGGCUCGGCACUGGUUGACUAAGGGUGCGCUGUGGACGAGGAUCUAG